AUGGCGGCGCCGGAUAUAUCAACCUUCACCUCCGCGGACGAGGUCUUUGCGCCCAACCACACCCUUCCCCAGAUCCGCGCCAUCCAUAAAACCAUCCAUGAGCAGCUCGAGGAGAAAGCCAGCCGCCUGCGGAGCCAGGUGGGCGGCUCCUACCGGGAGCUCCUGGGCACCGCCGACACGAUUGUGGCCAUGAAGGGCGACAACGACGCCGUCCGGACCAUUGCCGGCAUGGCGGGGUUUUCGGCGUUUCUCGAGGAGGAGAGCAAAGUGCCCGGCUCGAGGCUGGCGCCGAGGGAGGCUGGGCGCCUAAAGCUCAUCGAGGCCUGCAUCCUCACCGUGGCGCGGGCUUUGCGAGGCGGCGGCGUUGGCGUUGUCGCUGCUGCGCCUUCGCCUCUUGCUCCUUUUUCUGCGGGUGCCGCCGGGGCAGAUGCGGCCUCGCAACCUAGCAACGGGGACCGACUCUUGCUGGCGGCCAAGGCCUCGGUGCUCGGCCGUCUGCUCGUCAAGACGUUUGGCCAAGGCGUCGCGGACGAGCGGGCCAAGGCAUCGGUGGAGGCGGCGAUCAAGAGCCUCGAUUCCCUGCGCCAGAAGCUCGUGGGACGGGUGAACCGCCUGCUUCGGCACUGCGGGACGGACCAGGAGCAGGACGACCUUGCGAAAGCCUUGGCGGCCUACGGCCUGGUCACGAACUCGGGCGCGCGCGACGUCCUCUCCCACUUCCUCCGGGUGAGGGGCAAGGCCCUGGCCACGGCCUUUGAGGUGGAGGAGAGCGAGCGCGAGCGGAGCGCGAGGGACGUGUCGGCGGCGCUGGGGCUCUAUAUUCGGACCCUCAUCGACGUGCAGGCCCUCGCGCCCUACAAGAUCUCCGAGGUCCUGCUGGCGCUCAAGAGAUAUCCGCUUGUGGAAGACGUGAGCCUGCGGAAGAUGGAAAUUCUGAGGCUUGACAUUUAUCAGAGGUGGUGUAGUGACGAGGUGCAGACGUUUACUCCUUUUAUCCAGCACGGCGAUCUCGACGUGAAGCAGGCCAAGGAGAUGCUGGGCAGCUGGGCCAAGAAGGCGUCGGACGUUCUCAUCAAGGGCCUCGUAAAGACCCUCGAUACUAUGUCGGAGUUUAAGAGCAUAGUCGAGCUGAGGACUAGCGAAAUGCUCGAUAGGCUGCGCGAGGCCAUCAACGGUCGUCUUUUGGCUUUGCUGGAGACCAAGGUUGGGAAGCUAAACCUUGUCGGCUCCGAGGUGGCUGCGACGCUGGAACACUGGCGCGAGGGUGUCACGGAUAACACGCAGGCAAAGCUCUGGGACGUAUCAACGUACGACAUGGAAAUGACCAAUGGCGUGGCCGCUUUCAUUCAAGAGGUCGUGUCACGCCUCCACGGAAGCAACGACGCCGUAUCCAAGGCAGUCAACUCAUACAACUCAUGGAGGCACGUCAUCGAGGAUGUGGACGACGUCGUGGAACACCUUCGCAAGCAGCGCUGGGAUACCGAUAUUGAUGAUCUCGAGGAUGACGACGUCAUCGAGCUCAGGCAAGAGGCGCUGGCCAAGACUGACCCCGGCGCGCUCAAGGCAAAGCUCGAUGCUUGCCUCCAAAAGUCGUUCAAGACUUUGGAGGAGAGGUUGGCUGCGCUUUGGCAUGAGAGGGAAGACAGCCCCAAUAGCGGCCGCAUCGCAAUGUUCUUCAUCCGUGUAUUGCGCGACAUCCGACGAGGGCUGCCGCCGAUGGAGAGCAUACGCGGGUUCGGCCUCGGAAUUGUACCCUCUUUGCAUCAGAAGGCUGCCCACGAGGUCUCCAUCUCAGCGAUUGACGAGUUUGCUUCACGGGUUAUUACACGACUUACCGUCCCCAGCCGGCCUCUGUGGGAGGGAAGCCCGGAGCUACCGACGCAGUGCUCGCCGGCAAUGUCUUUGUUUCUCAAGGAACUUCUCGAGUCCAUGUCGGAUGCCGGGAUCGACUUGUGGAGCCCGACCGCCGUCAAUGUACUCAAAGGUAUCGUGUCGGCGCAGGUUUCUGAACUGUGGACAGAAGCGCUGGGAAAGCUACCGCAAGGCGUAAAGGCUGGUAAAUCGGGGAGUGAGGCAACCCCCGACAGUGCUGAUCAAGGCGAUGCCAAGCAGGAAGAGAAGGAGGAGGAAGCUAUAGCUGAAGCUGAUACAGAAGCGGAGGAGAACGAGAAGGAGGCAGAGAACGAGCAGGAAAUGGAAAAGGAAGAAGUUGAUGAAAAGACGGUCGAGGUAGACGAUGCGAAAGAGGCUUCCCUUUCCGAAGAGGGGCGCAAGGAACUCCUCACGCAGUGGUUCUUCGACGUGACGUACUUGGCUCGAUUCUUCGAGACGGUAGAGACGUCCAAGGAGGAGUUUGAAAAGUUGGCUAAGAAGAUUUACGAACAGUCGGGGCUCGACGAUGAUGGUCUGAAGCAGCGGAUCAUUAAAUCGACGGAAGAGUAUUGGAGACGUACGAACUUGAUGUUUGGACUGCUCUAG